AUUUUAAUUUCAACUGGCUCGCUUCAAAAAAAGAAGAGAGAAGUGGAUUCUAGAACCCUACAACUGUAGCAGAGUCGUCUCCACCGCGGCUACAAGCGAAAUCUUGUUUGCGAUGGCAACACAGAGCAACAAAGAGAUCUUCUUGGGGGGAUUAAGGAAACUCUUCAAAGAACAAUGGCAAGCUGACGUACUCCUCAAGGCAGGAGACAGUGAUGAUUGUGCAUCUAUCCCCGCCCACAAACUUGUUCUGGCAUCAAGGUCAGUGGUGUUGAAGAAGAUAAUGGAAUCAGACGAGUUGAAGGCUUCAUCUAAGCUAGAGAAACUCACUUUCUCCGAGAUGAAACACGAGGAACUUGAGGCUUUAGUUGAGUUCAUGUACACCGUUGAUGGCUCCGUUUCUUCAGAAAAUCUCAAGAAACAUGUUAGGUCACUCUAUCUUGCAGCAGACAAGUAUGAGAUUCCGCAUCUGCGUGACCUAUGUAGAAACCAGCUUAUAUCAUCUCUUAACUCCUCCAACGCUCUUAACAUCCUUGAGCUUGCUCAAAUCCCUUUUGACAAAGCUCUUAACGAUGCGGCCUUCACUUCUAUUAAGAAUAAUAUAAAAACCAUUGCUGCCUCUGCUGAGUUCAAGUUGUUUGUCGUCAACCAUCCAGACCUUUCUGUGGAGAUCAUGAAGGCUUCUCUUACUCAUCCUCGUAAUUGUUGUAGCUAUUGUGGUAGUGGUAGAUACUUAUACUAGAGGAAUUAGGACUAGUUGCAGGUUUUUGCUGGCUGGCUUCGCGGAGUGGAAGCAGCUAAACUAAUAAUAGUAUAUCAAGAUUUUAACCCUGAUGAUCCUGCUACUCUUGGUUUUGAAUGUUUUAUGGUUUUUAGAGUAGUAUUUGAUCUUUCUUUUUUAGAAAAAGGAAACUAUAUUAUUAGCCAUGUACAAAACUCUCUCUUUUGGUGAGAGGCUGCAGCCUGGUCCUCCUAUGUUAUAUAUAGUACCUUUAAUUUAUGG